CGAUUAGAAGCAGCUGCUGCAGGUACCUCCUGUAUGUGCGUUCAAACAUGUUUAAACUCUUUUCUGUGUAAGAAUUACAGGAAUCAAGAUGGAUUUCUGAUACAUCAGCACAUUUAUGUCUCUUUCUGGUCAUCUGUGAUCGCUAGGAUGCAGGCUUCAACUGUUUUAACAAAGGUCUGGAAUCUUUCACAAGGUGGCUUCAGCACCCUGAAAGCCUCCUCUAAGUAGUCAGCUGCUAUUUUCUGGCUUUUCUUUAUGGAUCUGUGUCCUUGAAGGAUAGUCUGUAGGAAAACAAAAAGUGAAGUGGGGGAGGGUGGAAAGUGAAGCCUGAGCUGUUGUGAAGUUUCACUCGAGGAGGAGCUGCCUUCUGUGGUACUUGGUGUUUCAUAUUGUUGUAGUAUCUUCAAAAUAUCGGCAUACUCCACAAGAAGUUCUGAUACUUGGAGGGAUAAGGCAGGUGAACUCAAUAACUGAUGAACAGCAGACUCUACUGUGUCAGGCAAAUUGCCAUGUUUCAACAUCACUGCAAUGAGUGUACCUGUGAUGCUUUCUACCACCUCCUUGUAAUUCUCAUAAACUUCCUUUAUGGCUGCGAUCUUGUCCUGCAAGGAGGUGGUGGGAUCAGCAAUGUUAUCAUACAAACUGUGGCUGAUGCUUCCCUGUAGAUCUUUGUCUCUUGUUUCCACAGUGGCUUGCAUCUCUUUCAAAGCAUUGACCACGAGCUGCAGAUUCUGUUUAAUGCUGAAAUGCUCUUUUACCGGCAUGAUGGGGAGGUUGGUGCCAAGAUGCUCCUUGAGGAGUCGGAAUAUUGUGUUGGUUGAAGAGACAUAGAUGUACACUAAGUCAUGCAAAUUCUCGCAGGCCUCAAUCAGCCUAUCUUUAUCACUCUUCAGACCAAGGCGGGCUAACAUUGCUGGAGUGGAGUCUGACUAAAAAGCAAAGAGAAGAAAUGCAGAAGACACAGGGGAAUAAAACUGGAUAUAUUGGCAGCUAGAAUGCUACAUUUCUGAAAGCAGUAUUGCAAGGUAUCAACCCACCCACCCACCCCCAAGACAUUACAGUUAGAAGAAAACACAGAAGAAAGCUCUUUGUCAGCCUUUGCUGGGGUUUUACCAAGCAGGCCAGCCAAAUAUGGUGUAAACAGCUGCAAGUAUUAUUACUCUUAUGGCUGCAGGAAGUACCCCUCUGACCGUCAGCAUGAAAUUCAAAAAGCAAUGGAAGUGCUGUAAGUGAAUUAUUCUUACCUUUUGGUGUUCAUUGGUAAAUUUAUGGGAGUCCUAGCAAACAAUCUACUUACAUCAUCUUUAGAACUAUAAUCUUUCAGUUUGUAUAUACUGGUGCAUCUACACAGAAUUAAACUCAUAUUCUGGGGAUGGGGGGAAUAGACACUGCAAAGUCAAAUGUGUCAGAUGUCUACAUUCAACAGACAAAGCAACUGAAGACCGAGUAAUGCAAUGUUCUGUCAGGCUACAGUUUCCUGUGAAGUGGCCCAUAUCUCUCAGUUCAGAGUGAGCAGGUGUUGCAAGCAUCCCUUGAUAGGUGGAAAUACAAAACAUUUUCCUUGCCUGGGCUCACGUCUUGCUACUGUUCUGACUGCUAAGGAAGUUAUGUCCUUCUGCUUGUGCCUGAGAAGUCUCUCAAGGGACUACUGCAGGUACAGUCCUGGGACAACACGCGGCUGAGGGACUUCUGAUGUUGGCUUUGCUUGUGCCAGAGCCCUGCAAAGCCAGACUGGUCGCAGCAGACAUGUUUCAUCAGCUAUUGCUGUGGUUAGAGGUGCAGUUAGAUGGGUCCAAGCAGUUGCAGUUUCCCAGCCCACUGCAUACUUUUCUCUCACUGCUCAGCUCAGCCCUCUGCCUCUUCCUCCUUUCCCUUCCCAUGGCAAACGUGAUCUGAAAUUGUGUGAAAUGGCAAAACUGAUUGUAGCCUCCACUGCUGUUCAGCCAAAGCUGGCUCUGGGACUCCACACUACUUCUUCCACUCUGAUGGCAACAGAGGAGAGGACCUGGGUAAUUGCAGCAAGGAAGGGUGACAGACACUCCAGAUGAAGUCCUUCCCCCAAACUUAAUAGGUCUGAAACAAUAGCUAUUAAUCUCCCCUUAAGGCCUGGAGUAAAGAAGAAGGAAAACUGCUUGCUUAUUGUUUAAAUGAUUUUCUGCCAUGUUCCAAAUGAUAGAAGAGAAGUAUUUGCAUCCACUGUAAACCUUGAAGACCUGAAAUCAGUUUUCAGCCUACAAAAUGUGGCAUAGAGGCAGUUGCCAGCCUGAUUAAUUCAAUUCAGCCCAAUAUUGGAAGAGGUAUUUCAGGACUACAUGGCAUUUUCAGUUAAUAACAGGACUCACAAUGAAUUGACCAUUGCAGAACGGUAAUAGUUAAAUCGUUAGUGUUCUCUCUCAGCUUACCUUCUCAUGCCUACAGCUCUGAAAACAGGGGGAGUCUGGUACUCUGGCUCUGUGUUGAAUACAAUAGCUCAUUUUUCAGGGGAAAACAAGCUGGUAGUUGCAGAGUACUCAUUUUAUGAUUGAUCUUUGACUUUCAUUUGAAAGUCAACCAUUCUCUACUAGGGAGGCAGCACUGAUGACCAGAGCCUAGUGGGCAGCAGGUCCCUCUUUCUAAGGAUCAGAGCAUGGAAGAUUUCUAGCUUGGAUGAAGGCAGAAGUACAAGUUUGUCUUGCUGGAACAGACAAAGCCUGUUUUCACUGUGUGUCAUAUCUAUUUUUCUAUUUGUGUGGGAUUGUUCAACUUUUCAUCCAUAAUUCGCAGUGGUACAAAACCAGUCACGGCAACAAUUCAUUAUUUAAAAGAACAGCUGCAAGCAAUAGUGGGUUUUGUUUAUACUUAUAAACAAUAGGAAUUUAGAAAUCCUAGUACAAAAACUAAUCCUGUAUCUGUAACAUGGACUAAACGUUGUUCAUGUUUUAUGUUCUGAGAACAGCAAGUAGUACCAUCCUCUUUCAGCCAUGGCUGUAGGUACCUGUGAUGGUACCUUUGUCACAGACAGAGGGAUUCGUGCUGUGACUAUUCUCUCCAGGAAAAGGUGGCCUUUGGAGGACCUAACAAAUGGGAACCAGCAUGAAAUAAACUGAAAUGUGUUAAAAUUCAAAGGAAUGGGAAAGGAGGAAGAAAAUGAAAUGAAUCUGGGUAAACAUCACACAAUAGAAUUGACAACAAGCAGGCAGGCCACAGGACCCAGCUGAAGCCCAGCCUCUGGAUCCCUAACUCAUCACAUGCUGCUGGAAACCACCAGAGGAACGCAGGGGAAAGAGGAUGGAGUCAGUGUCCCGUACACAUUCAGCUGAUUGCAAGAGCACUGAGACAAAAUCAGGUUGAAGGAAAAGAAAGAUGUGUUAAAGAAUUUAUUCUCUUGACAGAGCUACAAGUAACCUAUUUCUGAAGAAUGGCUCUGAGUGACCUCCUGUACCCAGAUAACCCCAAGAGAAGGCAAGAAUUGAUCCACCUGCACCAGGAGUUGCUUGACUGCAUGUCCACAAAUUUCCGUGCAACAAAUGAGCUGGCUGGAGUAUUGAAUGAACACCUGGGCUGUACCAUUUCCCACAUUCAGAUGAGAGAGAGCAGCACCGUCAAGGAAAACUGUGACAUUAUGAUUCAAGCGAUGAGUGAGAUUCAGCAUCAGGUACAGAAGAUUGAUAGCGACAUGAAGGAAAAGCUGGAGCCUGUGCUGUACCAGAAGCUCUAUGACAUCAAAGAGCCUGAGCUGGAGAAAAUUGCAAUAGCCCAUAAAGUUUUUUCAAUUAUUCUCGGAGAAGCAACUUCAACAGCUGGGAUGGUUGCUAUCAAACUGCUUGGCUCCAAUCUUAUGACUCUGACUGUGAGCAAGCUCGUCAGUCUCCUUGCGCAGAUCGGGGCAUCUGUUCUUGGGGGAAUCAGCAUCACCGUUCUCGGGCUUGGCAUUGAAAUGAUCCUCCAUGCCAUCCUGGGAGCAGUGGAGAGGAAUCAGCUUCUGACAGCUGUGAGGAGCUAUGAGAAGCACCUGGCUGAGUUUAAAGCAGCUUCAGAAAAGUACCAGCGUGCCAUACGUGAAGUGACCUCUUUGGUGAGACAGCAGGUUCAGUGAAUGAAUGUCAGAGUUCUCUCUUCUACGGUGACAGUGGCUGCAGCAGCUAUGUCUGCAGAAACCUUUUUGAUUCAUUACGGUAAAUGAACUACUGAUGGCUUUUUUUCUUAUUAGUGGCAGCAGAGCAAAAGAUGUGACAGAUCAAGGAAUUGGCACUGAAAUAUAUUAGUAGGGAAUGCACUUAUAGGUUCUUCUGGGAGGCAAAGCUUCCAAUAUUUCAUACCUUUGCUUCAGCUGUUUUCUGGAGUUCAUUAUAGAUAACCUUGAACUGUCAUUCAUCCUAGUGACAGUAAUAUUCACUGCUGGAGCAGUAGUGGUGAGAAGGUGUGAUUUUUCUCUCUAUGUUUUUCUUGUAUCAAAGAUGACAACAUGAUGGGAGAAAACAAAUACAACAAGCCAGUCCAUGUCAUCACCUGGAGGGCUCAUCAGGACAGCUCUGGUUGCUAAACUCUUAGUGUGGUUUAGUGCUGCUAAAUCUGAUAGGCUGAAUUCCCUGUUUGUUGAACUGCUUCCAAGGACUAGCUGAAGCAUAUUUAACUGCUAUUUCCUGCCCCAUCCCUCCCUAAGGAGCCAGACAGAGAUCUUCUUUAAAUAAACUCUAAUCCCAGUAGAUUAGAAGGUAAGAGAAGCAUGGGCCUAGAAGCAAACAUACACAACCUUGCCCCACAACUGAGAGAAAUCAGCUGUAGUGUUCCAGAAAUGAAUAACCUCUUAUGCUCAGAAAUGCCCUGCUCCUGCCAACCCACAGGUAAAUACUUCUAUGCAGAGUCGCUGCUCUGUUGCUUGGCGUGGGAUUAUACACACGUACAAGUGUCUGUAGGAUUACAGCCCGAUUAAAGCACUAAAUUUAUUUUCACGUGCUUUACCUGGUCCCACUGAUGUGGGACUGCCAAGAGUGUGCUUAGAGUCUGCAUUUCAUAAUAUGCUACCAAAUGUCCUUAUUUUUCGGUUCUUAAAAACAAAGCUGGAAGCAAGAACAUGAUUUGAAGUCUCCUGCUCUGAUUUGCUGUGGUUUCAUUUUUUUUUGCUUUGAUCUUUGGAAAAAAAAAAAAAAAAAAAAA